UAUAAGCAAUUAGAACAAGUAUAAUUGUCAAAAAAAAAAAAAAAGAACAGAGAGCUUAGGAAAAUGGGAUCGGAUGUUCUUCAACCAUUAUUGUCAAACAAGAAUGCAUGUAACGACGAACUGGAGAACUUGUUAUCCAAUACUCACCUUCCUCUUCUCCACCGUUACACUCAAGCUACUUGGAUCGAAAUGAAACUCCUGUUCUACUUAGCCACUCCGGCGAUUUUCGUUUACAUGAUGAAUUACCUCAUGACCAUGUUCACCCAAAUCUUUUCCGGCCACCUCGGCAACCUCGAACUCGCUGCUUCCUCUCUUGGCAACAAUGGAAUUCAAAUUUUUGCCUACGGUCUCAUGUUGGGGAUGGGAAGUGCCGUGGAAACUCUAUGUGGGCAAGCAUAUGGAGCAGAGAAACACGAAAUGCUUGGGAUUUAUCUACAAAAAUCAGCCAUAUUAUUGACUCUAACAGGAUUUGUAUUAACAAUUGUUUACAUAUCUUGCAAACCCAUAUUGAUAAUUUUGGGAGAAUCAAACAAAAUCGCUUCGGCAGCAGAAGUAUUCGUGUACGGAUUGAUUCCUCAAAUCUUCGCUUACGCAAUAAACUUCCCAAUACAGAAGUUUCUUCAGGCACAGAGCAUAGUGUUUCCGAGUGCUUUCAUAUCGGCAGGGACGUUGGUGGUUCAUGUGGUGCUGAGUUGGGUGGUUGCAUACAAAAUGGGGUUGGGGCUGAUGGGAGUGGCGUUGGUAUUGAGCCUGUCAUGGUGGAUAUUAGUGGUACUGCAAUUUGUGUACAUAGUAAAGAGUAAAAGAUGUAAAGAAACAUGGAGAGGGUUCAGUGCGAAGGCGUUUUCGGGGUUGCCGGAAUUCUUUAAGUUGUCGGUGUCAUCGGCGGUGAUGCUGUGUUUGGAGACUUGGUAUUUCCAGAUUUUGGUGUUGCUUGCUGGAUUACUUGAACAUCCUCAACUUGCUCUUGACUCCCUUUCUAUCUGCACAACCAUAUCUGAAUGGGCUUUGAUGAUUUCAGUCGGCUUCAAUGCUGCCGCAAGUGUGAGAGUAGGCAAUGAACUUGGAAGCAAGCAUCCAAAAUCAGCAGCAUUUUCUGUGGUGGUGGUGACUGUCGUUGCAUUCACCAUCUCUGUAUUUUGUAGUGUAAUUGUACUUGCACUUCGCAAUGUCAUCAGCUACGCAUUUACGGAAGGCCUUGUUGUGGCAGCUGCAGUCUCCGAUCUUUGCCCACUUCUUGCUCUCACCAUUCUCCUCAACGGAAUUCAACCUGUCUUAUCUGGUGUUGCUGUUGGGUGUGGUUGGCAAGCAUUCGUGGCCUAUGUAAAUAUUGGUUGCUAUUAUAUUGUUGGAGUUCCCUUGGGGGUUCUUCUUGGUUUCUAUUACAAAUUCGGUGCCAAGGGUAUUUGGUUGGGGAUGAUGGGUGGAACUUGCAUUCAGACAAUCAUUCUGAUAUGGGUCACAUUUGGAACCGAUUGGAAUAAAGAGGUUGAAGAAUCAAUGAAGAGAUUAAACAAGUGGGAUGACAAACAGGAAAUUACUUUGAAGGAUUGAAUUCCAUUUGGAAUAAGGUUGUCAAUUGCAUGCUUAUGUGGAAGGAUUAGCUUUGGCUGUUGUGUUCCACGAAAUACCUUCCAGUUUAGGUUGUCCAUUUCUUUUUUGGGUGAAGAAUGGAAGAGAGAACGAGGAUAAGAAAACAGCAGGCUAAACAGGGGUAGAGACGAGAUUGCAUUUGUGAAAGUUAUGUUAUUGUUACUGUUAUUUAAAACUCGUAGCCUAAAUUUAUAGAAAAAAUUCCUAUAUACUUUAUACUUCAUUUCAAAAAUGCCUUUAUACUUUCAAUCGUACGUAAUGAAUUAGAAAAUGUCCAAAACGUACAUGACCUUAAUAGUUUUGCAUAGAACUUGGUUAAUGUCAUUGUGUAAAAAAUUGUUUUAAUGAGGUUCGUUGUAUGUAAUAGUUGAAACUUAUGUCGAUAGCCAUGUUUUGAUAUAUUUUAAGAGGAGAUAUUGAUUUUGUAAA